AUGGUGGAGAAUGUGUUGCAGAUAGAGCAUGGUGGAGAUGGUACGGUGGAGAAUGUGUUGCAGAUAGAACAUGGUGGAGAUGGUACGGUGGAGAAUGUGUUGCAGAUAGAGCAUGGUGGAGAUGGUACGGUGGAGAAUGUGUUGCAGAUAGAGCAUGGUGGAGAUGGUACGGUGGAGAAUGUGUUGCAGAUAGAACAUGGUGGAGAUGGUACGGUGGAGAAUGUGUUGCAGAUAGAGCAUGGUGGAGAUGGUACGGUGGAGAAUGUGUUGCAGAUAGAGCAUGGUGGAGAUGGUACGGUGGAGAAUGUGUUGCAGAUAGAGCAUGGUGGAGAUGGUACGGUGGAGAAUGUGUUGCAGAUAGAGCAUGGUGGAGAUGGUACGGUGGAGAAUGUGUUGCAGAUAGAACAUGGUGGAGAUGGUACGGUGGAUAAUGUGUUGCAGAUAGAGUAUGGUGGAGAUGGUACGGUGGAGAAUGUGUUGCAGAUAGAACAUGGUGGAGAUGGUACGAUAGAGUAUGGUGGAGAUGGUACGGUGGAGAAUGUGUUGCAGAUAGAGUAUGGUGGAGAUGGUACGGUGGAGAAUGUGUUGCAGAUAGAGUAUGGUGGAGAUGGUACGGUGGAGAAUGUGUUGCAGAUAGAGUAUGGUGGAGAUGGUACGGUGGAGAAUGUGUUGCAGAUAGAGUAUGGUGGAGAUGGUACGGUGGAGAAUGUGUUGCAGAUAGAGUAUGGUGGAGAUGGUACGGUGGAGAAUGUGUUGCAGAUAGAGUAUGGUGGAGAUGGUACGGUGGAGAAUGUGUUGCAGACAGAGUAUGGUGGAGAUGGUACGGUGGAGAAUGUGUUGCAGAUAGAGCAUGGUGGAGAUGGUACGGUGGAGAAUGUGUUGCAGAUAGAGCAUGGUGGAGAUGGUACGGUGGAGAAUAGGGCCGUUAGUUCCUCCUGGCUCCUCUCAGUGUGGGACAUCCUCCUGGCUCCUCUCAGUGUGGGACAGGGGACGCAGUAUUUAUGGAAAGGUCCAUGGGGCCGGUGUAUGGGCAGCGAGUGUGGCCCAGGGGGCAGCCAGAGCCGGGCAGUGUGGUGCGCCCACUCUGAAGGCUGGACCACUCUUCACACCAACUGUGACCAGCCAGAGCGCCCGGAGAACCAGCAGAGCUGCUUCCACGUGUGUGACUGGCACAAAGACCUGUACGACUGGCAGUUGGGCGCCUGGAACCAGUGUGUGCCCGUGUCCAUGCGGAGCACUGGGGCACUCCAGCGGCCAGCUGUAUGUACCCGCGGCGAGGAGGGCAUCCAGACACGCGAGGUGGGCUGCGUCCAGAAAGCAGAUGGCGUGCCCGCGGAGGAUGCAGCGAUUUGUGAAUAUUUUGAGCCCAAGCCCAGGCUGGAGCAGGCCUGUCUGAUCCCGUGCCCGCGGGACUGUGUGGUCUCCCAGUUCACCCCAUGGACUUCCUGUUCGAAAACGUGCGGCAUGGGUCUUCAGAAUCGUGUCCGUUUUGUCCUGGCGCCGCCUCUGUUCGGGGGCUCGGCCUGCCCUAACCUGACAGAGUUCCAGACGUGUCAGCCAGGUCCCUGCGUUGGCCCAGAGAGCCUCUAUAGUCUAAGGGUGGGGUCCUGGGGUCCCUGCUCUGUACCCCUCCCUCGCACGGCCAGGCAGAACAAGGAAAGAGUCAAGGAGAGGGUGAGGGAGCGGGUGAGGGCGAGGGGGAGGGUGAAAGACCCAGAGACCAAAGAGCUGAUAAAAAAUAAGAGGACCAGGAACAGACAGAACCGACAGGGAGGGAAGUUCUGGGACCUGCAGGUUGGAUACCAGACCCGGGAGGUGACCUGUGUUCACAGGAGCGGCAACACUGACGCACUGAGCCUGUGUUCUCGGGAGUCCCUACCAGUGACAUACCAGGCCUGCGUACUGGCCAAAGACUGUGAGGUGAGCGACUGGACCGACUGGUCGCCCUGCUCCAAGGACUGCUACGAGCUCAACGGGCCCACGGGUGAGCGCACACGCACACGCCGGGUACACCAGUUCCCUGUGGGAGAAGGGGAGGAGUGCCCCGAACUGGAGGAGAAGGAACCCUGCACCCCUCAGGGAGAAGGGGUACCCCCCUGCAUUGCGUACAACUGGAAGACAACGGAGUGGACCGAGUGCAGGGUGGAUAUGUUGCUAAGCCAACAGGACCGUCGUCGUGGUAACCUAACUGGGCUGUGCGGGGGCGGAGUCCAGAACCAUGAGGUGUACUGUGUCCAGGCAACCAGCGCCGACCCUGCCUCAAGCUCUCUCAAUAGCAAGGAAGCCUCCAGGCCCGUUGAUGGUGACCUGUGCCUCAGCCCGCCCCCCAACACCACCCAGCUGUGCCACAUCCCCUGUCCUGUGGAGUGUGACGUGUCCUCCUGGGGUGCCUGGGGACCAUGCACCUUUGAAAACUGCCUGGACACAGCUGCCAAGAAAGGGUUCAAACUGAGGAAGAGGAGUAUCGUCAAUGAGCCCACGGUAGGAACAGGAAGCUGCCCUCACCUGGUGGAGGCCAUACCAUGUGACGAGCCCAGCUGCUAUGAUUGGCUGCUGAUGAAGCUGGAUGAGUGUAUCCCGGACAACGAGAGAGAGUGUGGACCAGGCACCCAGAUACCACAAGUCCAGUGUGUCAACGGUGAUGGGUUUGACUGCAGCCACACCAGCCAUGGCGUGCUGCCUGAUAUCCCAUGGGGCCAAGGGGCCAGGCACGAGCCACUGCUGGUCGGUGCAAGGUGCGGAGAGGGGCUGCGGUUCCGUAACGUGUCCUGCUUCGUGUCGGACGGGUCUGGCCAGGGAGAGGGCAGUCUGGUGGAUGAUGAGCUGUGUGGAAACCUUGAGCCCUCGAUAGACGGCGACAAACAGAUCACCCUGGAAGAACCCUGCACCUCGCCCUGUCCAGGUGACUGCUACCUGACUGACUGGACAGUGUGGAGCCCGUGUCAGCUGAGCUGUGUCAGUGGAGAUGACCUGGGUUUCGGCUCGGUGCAGGUCAGAUCCAGAGCCGUGCUGGCCCAGGAGCCAGAGAACCUACUGCAGUGUCCAGAACAGGAGUGGGAGGCCCGGCCCUGCACUGAGGGCCAGUGUUAUGAGUACAAGUGGAUGACAGGAGCGUGGAGAAGCUCCUCUCGACUGGUCUGGUGUCAGAGAUCUGAUGGAUUAAAUGUCACAGGUGGCUGCCCUAUGACGGCCCAGCCCUUGGCAGACCGAUCAUGUGAUCCAGCCUGCAACAAACCGCGCUCCUACUGCACAGAGGCGGGUGUGUGUGGUUGUGAUGAGGGCUACACGGAGGUGAUGACAUCAGACGGCCUGCUGGACCAGUGUACGGUGAUCCCUGUGUUAGAGAUCCCCACGGCAGGGGACAACAGGGCUGAUGUGAAGACCAUCAGGGCGGUCAGCCCCACACAGCCCUCCAACAGCCUGCCUGGCCGAGCUGGACGCACCUGGUUCCUACAGCCCUUCGGACCAGAUGGUAAACUGAAGACAUGGGUCUACGGUGUGGCAGCUGGAGCUUUUGUUCUACUCAUAUUUAUAGUCUCCAUGACCUUCCUAGCCUGUAAAAAGCCAAAGAAACCCCAGAGAAGACAGAUGUAUAACAACCGGCUCAAGCCCCUGACCCUGGCCUAUGACGGAGACGCUGACAUGUGA